AUGUCCUCCCUCUCCAACCGCGUAGUCGCCAUUACCGGUGCCGCAUCCGGCAUCGGCCUCGCAACCGCCCACCUCCUCGCCUCGCACGGCGCACACCUCUCCCUCGCAGACGUCAACACGUCCGCACUAGACAAGACUGAAAAGGACAUCAAGGCUAAACAUCCAGAUAUCAAGAUCCUAACUUACACGCUCGACGUGCGCAACGAGUCCGACGUCGCCGCGUGGAUCGCCAAAACCCUCGACGCGUUCGACAGAUUGGACGGCGCGGCGAAUCUUGCAGGCGUCAUCGGCGCCAGCAUCGGUGUCAAGGGGGUCCAGGAGCAGGAUGUGGAUGAGUGGAAUUACGUGCUGGGCGUGAAUUUGAAGGGGGUGAUGUUGUGUUUGAAACACCAACUUAAACACAUGGGCGCGGGCGCGAGUGUGGUUAAUGCGAGUAGUGUUGCGGGGGUUAUUGGGAUGUAA